AUGUACCCUGUACACAAAGAAGCCCCGCAGCCAGAGGUGGUAUUUUCAAUCAUCGAACCACCAGCACAGCAGUCGUCCGUCACAACACACAUUCUAGACCCGGGUCCCAGUGACUUUCCCGAUGGCGGUCUCCGAUCAUGGAGUGUAAUCAUGGGGUCAUUCUUCUUACUAAUGAGUACAUAUGGCUUGAUGAACUCCACCGGUGUGCUGCAGAGUUAUUUUGCGACGCAUCAGUUAUCCAAUUACUCUACCAGUGCCGUCGGUUGGAUUCCUGGUGUUUUUCUGUUCUUCGGGCUUGGCUUGAGUGCUCAGGUGGGAUCGAUGUUUGAUCGGUAUGGACCGACGGGGAUUCUUAUUGCGGGGUCUGGAUGCUAUGUGGCGGGGUUGUUGCUGUUGGCAGAGUGUCGGCUGUAUUGGCAUUUUAUUUUGACAAUGGGGGUGUUGACGGGCACUGGAGCGGCGCUGCUGAGUACUGUUGCGUUGGCGGCUGUGCCGCAUUGGUUUGAUAGAAGGGUUGGAUUGGCGAUGGGGACUGCGAUGGCUGGUAGUGGCGUUGGUGGUGUGAGUUUUCCCUUGAUUCUAAGGGCGGCGUUCACGAGUCUGGGUUACAAGUGGGCCAUUAGAAUGUUGGCUCUCAUUAUUUGCGUUUUCUGUGGUUUGGGAAUUGUACUGGUUAGGUCUCGCUUGCCGAAAGGUCGAAGCCGGUCGACUAUCAAUCUGCGGGCUUUCAAGGAUGCCAGGUUCACUUGGUUGACACUGGGGACUUUUAGUAAGUACAAUAGUCUCUCAUAUACGGUCGACGAAGCCACUGACACGUAUACAGGCUUGGAAUUGGAGGUGUUCGCCGGAAUUGGUCUCUAUCCGACAUACGUCGUGAUGCAGGGGUUCAGCACUUCUACUAGUGUGAUCCUGCUCUCUGUGCUGAGCGCGUUUUCAACAAUUGGCCGACUAAUGGCUGGUGGCAUUGCAGACAAAUACGGGCGGAUCAACACCCAAGCCAUUCUUAUCGCUCUCGGGGCUCUAGCCAUUUUCGUCAUUUGGCUACCGUUUGGGCACACUUUGCCCGGUCUUUAUAUGUUCAGUGCAGUGUUUGGGCUUGCAUCGGGCUCUUUCCUGAGUUUAGCACCGGCAUGUAUCGGACAGAUAUCCAAGGCGAGUGAAGUUGGAGGAAGAUUCGGGAUUUGCUAUUCCAUUGUCAGCAUAGCGACACUGAUCUGCAUCCCAAUUGGGGGUGAAAUGUUGCAAAAAGUGGGCAAGAGAGCAAUGGUUGGGUAUCUAGGAAGCGUGCUGAUUGUCGCAUUGGGCAUGUUCGUCAUGGCACGAUGGACAUGUCUCGGUUAUAGGUGGAGAUGGCAGGCCAAGAUCUAA